AUGCAUCUUCAGUGGCCGCGCCUCGCCUCUGCCACGACUUUGUUAUGCCUGGCUUUCUUUGCUUCUCCAUCUACGGCUUCCCGAAACCGGAGCGAACCACUCGAACGACGAAACCAAUAUCUCGAUAGGAAUAGGGAUGGAACGCCAUUUGUCUGGUUGUUGGAGGAUGAUUACAAGGGACACGACUUCUUCGACCAUUUCGAAUUCUUCAAUUGGACCGAUCCCACAAAAUAUGUAUCCCGAGAAGAAGCGUUUGCACGAAGGCUUGCUUAUGUCCAAGACGACGGGAUAGUGGUCAUGAAAGCCGACGAUACCUCCCACUUGCCUAGAGGCGAAUUCCGCUCAAGCGUGCGGAUUAACACAAUCAAACGAUAUACCACCGGCCUCUUCAUUUUGGACUUGAACACGGCACCUUGGGGCUGUGGCGUCUGGCCUGCUUGGUGGAGUACGGGAGACAAUUGGCCAGUGAGCGGCGAGAUCGAUAUCAUUGAAGGUGUCCACGACAACGAACAUAACCAAAUUGCAUGGCACACAGAACCCGGCUGCGUUCUUGACACAGAAGAAAGCUUCACGGGCAAUGUUUCGAUCAAAUCUGGAGGACCCGCAGUCGAGUGCAACGCACAUAUCAACCAAAACGCAGGCUGCAGUAUCACAGAAUGGAGCCGAGCCUCCUACGGACCUUACUUCGAUGAGCAAGGAGGAGGCGUGUUUGCCAUGAAAUGGGAUGAGAAUGGUAUCGCUGUUUGGUCCUUCUACCGAGCUGCCAUUCCAAAGGACAUCACGGAGGGUAAUCCCAAUCCCAGGAACUGGGGAGACCCAUCCGCAUUACUUGGUCCUGGCAAAUGCAACAUCAUGGAGUACUUCCGUAACCACACAGUUAUCUUGAAUAUCACCUUCUGUGGAGAUUGGGCUGGCAAUUCAUAUGCCACCAGUGGUUGCCCGGGAACGUGCCCGGAUCGCCUCAUGGACCCAGCCAACUUCGUCAACGCAACAUGGAGCAUUAACUCUAUGAAGGUUUACCGAAAGCAACCUAUCUAUGCCGAGGUUGUCGACCCAAACAAAUCAGCGGCUUCAAGAAACGUCUUGGGAUCUCUCGCCUUGGUCCCUCUCGUUGGCGCUGCUCUCAUGAACUAA